AUGGGAUAUGCAUUUGGGAUUCUCGCUCUUCUCUUCCCAGCCUUGAUCAUCAUCCAUCUCCUCGUCGCUCCUUACACCAAAGUCGAGGAGUCGUUCCAUGUCCAGGCUGUGCAUGAUAUCUUAGCCAACGGGCUACCAAAUGGGUUUAAUGACCUGAAUCUCAACCGCGCCGAUUAUGACCAUUUCGCUUUCCCCGGGGCUGUCCCCCGGAGUGCCGUUGGUGCUGCGGCACUCGCUAUGCUCUCCAAGCCCGUGAUUUGGUUGAAUGAGGGGAUCAACCGACAGCUAUUAGCUCGAGCUAUUCUGGGCCUACUCAACGCCUCCUCUCUCAUAGUCUAUGCAAGAGGCCUGCGCCGUAGCUUCGGUCAACCAGCAGCUAUCUGGUAUAUCCUACUCCAAGCAAGCCAAUUCCACUUGAUAUUCUAUGCCUCAAGGCCCCUAUCAAACAUGUUCGCCUUCAGCAUAACAACACUAGCAAUGUGUCUGCUCCUCCCAAGCCCCAGUCCAACCCAAGACCAAAAGCAAAGCAGCCUUGCCCUCGCCCUCCUCACCACCGCAGGUGUAAUCUUUCGUUCCGAACUAGCCCUGCUAGUCGGAUCCCAGACUCUCUUCCUCCUAUCAACAAAGCGAAUCAACCUCAAACACACUAUCCUGGCAGGCCUAACCGGCCUAAGCAUCGGCCUCACCCUAACAAUCUACCUCGACAGUACCUUCUGGCAACACUUCCCCCUCUGGCCCGAAUUCUCAGCCUUCCGCUUCAACGUCCUAGCAGGCCAAUCCUCCGAAUGGGGCACAAGUCCAUGGCCAUUCUAUUUCCUAAAUUCCCUCCCCCGCCUCCUCUUCAAUCCCCUACUCUACCUCCUCGCCAUCCCAACCGCCCUAAGACAACCAGCAACCCGAAUCCCAGCCUUAGCACUCCUAACCCCGGCACUUUCUUUCGUGGCUAUCUACAGCUUCCAACCACACAAGGAAUGGCGUUUCAUCAUCUACAUAAUCCCCUCUCUCACAGCCGUAGCAGCCCUCGGCGCCGGCUAUCUCUGGACGCACCGCAGCCGCUCGCUCUUCGCCCGUCUGGCAACACAAGCCCUGGCCCUCUCGACUCUCGUCGUAUUCGUUCUGUCGAAUUUCGUUUUACUCCCCGCUUCAGCGGCAAAUUACCCUGGCGGCCAGGCUCUAUAUGCGAUGCAUCAACAUGGGCAUUCUGACUCUCCUGUCAAUGUCUACCUGGGUAACCUUGCUUGUCAAACGGGUGUAACGCGCUUCUUGCAACAACCACCUUCGUCCGGGUGGGUGUAUGACAAAACUGAAGAUAAGGCCGUGAAAUCCACUGCUGGGUUCUGGGAUAGGUUUGAUUAUGUUGUUGUCGAGGCGGAUCAGGAGGAUGGGUUUAUGGAUGCUGAUGAGACGAAUAUGCGACGUGCGCUACCUUCUUCUAAUUGGGAAAAGGUGCAUGUUGUUGAUUCAUUUGCGGGGAUUUCGGUUUUGAGACCUGGGAUUCCUGCUACGGGGAUUGCUGAGCGACGUGUUAUUAAUGCUAUUGCGGGUGCGCGUGCUGUUGAGGUGUUUGAGGGUUUGCGCGACUACAAUAUGUCCUCACUCAAGUACAAGCAACUGGGUAUUAUUCAUCAAACCUCUGCGGAGCAGAUCAAAAACUAG